AAAUUGUUGUAGCUACUGACACUGUAUGGAGUGAUAUAAGCAUUCAUUUAAAUAGUCUAAUGAGUAAAAGUGCUAUUCACACUUUUGUGUAUAAAGGACGCCACGAGAUUAAAGAAAAGCUCGGAUUUUGUUCUAGUCCCAAGAUUGAUCCACCAGAAGCUAUCUUUAAUUCUUCCACAGAAUAUGGUCGUUAUACAGGUAGUUCGGAUGAAAAUUCCAGCAGUAACCUUGAUUUUCCCAAAAGAAAAUUUGUGGUAACUUUUUCUUCAGAAGAAUGGAAAAAAAUAAAACCAGAUGAUGUUCAAUACAGACUUAAUGAUAAAAAACGACCAUCACAAAGUUGUAAAACGUAUUAUGCAUUAACCAAAAAUCAAUGGACACCUAUUUUGGCUGAACAUUUUUGGGUGCAUACACAACUUCCAUGCUGCUUGUCAUUCCGCAAAGCAAAUGUUCAUCCACAUGGAACAAAUUUUGUAACCGUAUUUGGACGGUGUAGUGUAUGCAGCUCAUGCUUUAAAGGAAUUAUUUCUGAAAAACCAUUAGAUGACGAGAGAGUUUUAAUGCAUUGUACGUAUACGGGAAAUUUUGACAUGUUGCACGAGCCAAAUAAAAAACGCCGUUUGUUGGGAAUAGCAAAGGAAAAAGUAAUUACAGCAAUUGUUCAAAAAAAUAUGUCGAGUGCCACACACCGUGAAACAGAAGCUGUACGACUGAUGAAAACAGGUGAUUUUAGUCCGUAAUGAUAAGUAUAAAAAAUAAAAAUUAUAAUAUAAACAAAUUAUAUUAGCAAAAAUAAGCAUUAGUAUUAUAAUAGCUACCGGGGACGGAUUGGGAUAUAAAUUCUGCCCAGGAAAUCUGCACGUAAUAUAUGAUUAUUGAAAAAUAUUAUGAAAAAAAAUUAAACACUCCUGGUAAAUAUUAAGUUAAUUUAUAACUAACUAAUUGAUUAGUACACAAGUUUUUACUUCCUUGGUUAAUACUUUUGAGUUACUUUUUACUUUAGUGGUGAUCUCAUAUAUUAUAUUUAAAUAAUGAAAGCAGAUCAUUUUAGAUUCUGAGCGAAG